CGAAGCUGCGAUUAAGUGGAAUAACCUGUGGCUGACGCGAUCCAUUGCCACAUGCUCCCGAAGUCCCGGGUGUUUGUCGAGCUCAAGAUAACCGUGGUGAGACUGCAUUUGCUCGCCCUACCCUCCCCAGACCGACCAAAGCCUCCAUCCACCACCACGACUAACCCUGCCCCUCCCCAAAGCGGCUUAGCCCAGCCUAUCCCUAUCCCGCGGACUCCGAGGAGUGAAGGAGAGCCAAGCGUAGUGAGAGAGUGGCAGCGUGAGUGAGUGGACAGAGCUCUCCGGCCGUAGGAGACACGGACGAGCCGAGGGGCUGUGAUGGAAAAGGGAAAAGUGCUGGAGCAGCUGCUGCCGGAACUCUCCUCCUUCCUGGAGAUCAUCGACCAGGAGCCGCUGGGAACCACCGCUCGACGCAAGCAGCAGCUCAUCCAGACCUUCAUCCAGCAGCUCAAAUCGUCGUCCGGAGACGAUGGCGAGUACAUGUACAUGAACAGCAUUUCUCCGACCCUGAAGACGUUAAUAGCGGAGAGGGCCUCCGCCUCUGCAAACGAGGAGAGUGCGGGACCUUCUCCGCUCAAGACUCCCACGUCUCGGACCCUCCCACGGCCCAAACUUCCACUGCCCAGAAUCCCCGAGCUGCCCACGCCUAUGUCGCAAACUGCUUGGGAAGGUUCGCAAGUUUGCCGAGAAUUCCGAACGGUCUUGGCCGGUUCAGCGGAGUCGCGACUCCCACUUGCCGUUGCUCUUUUGCCAGCCAAGGAUCCCGAGGAAGGCUUUCCUUCAUCUCCGGAAGAUCAUUACGAAGAGGCCGUCUCGUUUGAAUCGGGAAUACUCCCAGAGUUCAACCACUUCUUCGACUGCACGAGUCCAGCCACAGCCUCCAGUGUGGAUGCUGAAGGCUGUUACGAAGACGCCACGUACCCCCCAACCCCUAACUCCACCACGCCAGACAACAGAGACGAUUCCGACGCCCUCAGCAGCUCGUACGAAUCGUACGAGGAAGAGGAGGACGAUGGGAAGGGUCAGAGGUCGACGCCUCAGUGGCCUCCGCCGGAGGCGUCCUUGGGCCUGGCGCAAGGCUCGCGCAUGUGCGCCUUCAUGCUCCGCAAGAAACGGUUCGGGCAGUGGGCCAAGCAGCUGUGCGUGCUCAGGGGCGACCGGCUGCUGUGCUACAAGAACUCGCGGCAGAAGAGCCCGCAGCUGGAGCUGGCGCUGGGAGGCUGCACGGUGGCGUACGCCGUCAAGUCUGGCAGGCGGAAGACGCGGCACGAGAUCCGCAUCUCCCGCGCCGACUCCGAUCCGCUGGUACUCGCGGCAGCCAGCAGGGAGCACGCGGAGCACUGGAGGCAGGUGCUUCAGGAAAUCUGCGACCCAGAGAAUAAAACGGCGGUGGCAGCGGCGGCGGCGGCGGCAGAGGCCAGUGGCACUCUGCCUCGGGCCAAGGAGGAGCUUGAAAAGAGGUGUUCCCUGGAGACUCCGGGCUCAGACGCUGAGAGCAUCGUGACCGUGAGCAGCGGUGAGGGCUUGCCGAGCGACGCGGACGGAAAAGACGGAAGCAAAGCGGCCCGUCCCGGGUGGUCUCUCGGCAAGGCGACGGGCAAGAGGCUGACGCAGAUCAUCGGGCGACGACAGAAGAAGAAGGAGCUGCCCGAGUCUCCGCAGCGGAGCGCGCGGGGCGGCGGUUCGAGCGGUGACGGCGGCGGUGGCGUUGGUGGCGCGGGGGACGCCGACGCUUCUGGCUGCCUGAGCGUGCUGACGGAGAGCGGCUGGCAGGAGUGCUGGGGCUCGCUGGAGGGGAGCACGCUGUUCCUGGGCAGCGGCGGCGGCGGCGGCGUUGGUGGCGCCAAGGGGGAGCCCCCCGCGGGCAGCAUCGCCCUGCACGGCUGCCGCUUGGCCCCGGGCCUCGUGCCCAAACAUCCGCUCGCCUUCCGCCUACUCCGCGGGGACAAGGAGGUCGCCACGCUUGAGGCCGCCUCGUGGGUGGAGACGGGGCGCUGGGUGGGCCUGCUGUUGGCCACCACGGGCUGCGGCACGGAGCCCGAGUCGCUGCUCUACGAGCACGUCGACACCGAGACGUCGUCGCGCUUCCUGCACGCCGCCAAGCUCUCGCGCGGCAUCAAGGUGCGGCAGGCAUCGUCGCCCAACGUGUACACGGACGGCCCGCCGUGCCGCAGUAGGGAUCACUCCCCGUCCGACGACCCCUACGAGAACCUCACGCGGGACGGCGCCCUCGCCCUCGCCGCCACCGCCGGCGGGGCCCUCCGCUCCGCGAGCGACGGGCCCCGCGACCCCGCGACCCCCGAGGAGCGCGCGCCGUCGGAGUGCCCGUCGGUGCCACCGGCGCCGACGCCAUGCGGGACGGACAGCGGCGGCGGCGACGACGAUGACGCCGGGCUGCGGGAGCUCGCCGAGGAGAUCAUGCGGGACAUUGGCGGUCGCCUGCUGCACGAUCCCGGAGACUACUUGAGCAUCGCGCGGGGACUGGAGGGUGGCGGCGGCGGCGGCGGUGGUGGCGGCGCUGGCUCCUCGCGGCAGUGGGACGCUGCCACUGGGGAGGGGCACGAGAGAGAUUCUCCUGCGCCCGGCGACAAGGAGACCGAGCGAAACUCCUGCGACGUCGACUCCUGCUCCUCCUCCACCACCUCCUCCUCCUCGUGCUGCGCGGACGCCAGCGGCGCGAGGGGCGACGCGCCGCGCGACAAGGACGGCAAGAGGAGGGCGGCGCUGCUGGCGGAGCCGAGCCUCGGCCAGCGCUACGGGCGGCGGCGCGUUGAGGCCGACGCCGCGCGCCUGCAGGCCGAGGCGCUGGAGCUGCAGCGCCGUCGCCAGGACGUCCGCUCGCGCCUCUCCGAGCUGCGGCGCGAGCGCAGGGAGGCGCGCGAGGCGCCGGAGGCGAGGCAGGGCGACGGGGGCGCCUCGGGGGAGACGGAGGCGGCGGCGCUGCGGCUGCUGGAGGAACGGUGCCGCGCGUGCGAGGGCGAGCGCGUCGACCUGGAGCUGCGUCUCAUCGAGGUGAUGGAGCGGCUGAAGCACGCGCUCUCUGGGGGACCCUCGCUGGGACUCACCAUCUCGCCCCGGCCGGCCGAGCGAGACGCCGUCCCCCAGGUUCCCGACGGACGUCGGAGGGACUCGCUCUGCUGCGACACGGCCGACUCGGAGGUGCGACUGCUGCCCGUCAACAGCCAGGCCGCCAUGCGGCGCCGUCCUCUCUCCAUCUACGCGCUCGCCUGCUCUGGCGCUGUCCUGCAGAAGGCCAAGGAGUGGGAGACCAAGAAAGGAACGUAGGACGAAGUCUGUGACGAUGGUCAUGGCCAUUGCGGUGCGAUUCGCAGUCAUAGCGGACUUUGCUGUUUGCAAAAUCUUCACACGGUACCCCUGUUUGCGGUAACUCGACAGCUUGCAUUCCGAGCCCUUUGGAGAAUCGAGGUACGCACGAAACACUUGCUGGGAUAGCGUUCUUCAACGGAAGCCAAUGCGGAGAUUCACAUGGUAGGAGAGAGACUGAAUCUGUCUUGUGAUUUUGAAAUUAUUUCAUUAUGAAUACCCGCAUACAUUUACCCACACUUAACUAUGCAUUGCAGUAAUUAAAUUUUUUCAACUACUGCCUGUAAGAGACCACUUAAUUUUUUUUGUUUCAGUGUAUUUAAUGUAAAAUAGGAGUCAAUAGUAUUUAUGUUAUUUCCUUUGAAUUAAUUUUGCAACUAUUAAUCACGCCUAGUAACUCCAAAUAUAUCUUCAUUCAUUCUUUAAUUUGCUAAUAUCGUAAAACAUUUAGCUUUUUAUAUACGGAUGUAUAUACUGCACCCCGAUUAUAUUAAGAUGUCUUCGGUUCGUGUGCAUACUUGCGAAAGCCAUUGACGUCAAGUAUGCUUUUUUAAUGGCACCAACACUGCAGGUCAAGUGACUUGGUUAAUUUUGUGCAUUUUAACGGCAGACUCCACAGUAUUUGUAUAUGGACGCGAGUUCUUUUAUAAAGUCCGAGUGUGUUUUCUACUGAUGUUUGAGUGCUGUCUGUUCUGGCACUAAACGUUCUCUGAAUUUUAUAAAGAAGAAAAAAAAUGAAAAUAAAGUUCGUAC